AUGAUUGUAAUUCUGCUGAUGUCUAUGUCUGUGGUGGUGUACAGUGGUGGCCAAGACCUGGAGCCACCAGCAUUCCUGCCAGAGCUUCUUAACACGCCUGAGAGAAUCUUGAAUAAUGCCACACUCUUCAACGGAGUCUUUCAAAAUGUGGAAAGUGUUGCAUUAUUUUUUGACUGCCUGGGUUCUCACUUCACCUGGUUACAGUCCAUCUUCACUAACUUCCCUGCCCUUCUCAACUUUGUGAACAAGAUGAAGUGUGUUACUGGGUUUUGCCCCAGGGAUUUUGAAGACUAUGGUUGCUCUUGCAGGUUUGAGAUGGAAGGGCUCCCCGUGGAUGAAGCUGAUGAAUGCUGCUUCCAGCACCGCAAGUGCUACGAGGAAGCACUGGACAUGGAGUGCACAUGGGACCCAUCAAAGAUUUCUACAGAUGUCAGCUGCUCUACUGAAAACCUGACCUGUGAGUCUGGGGAUCCCUGUGAACAGUUCCUCUGCACCUGUGACAAAGAUGCCAUUGAAUGCCUUGUGAAUGCACAUAUUAACUCUUCCCUGAAUGGGCUGGAUGUCUCCUUCUGUCCAUCUCCAAUUACAGAGCUCCUUCAUCGUGGGACUGAUGAAACAUGGGCAGUGACUGCAUCUGUGGAAGAAGUGAUUUCUUUUGAGCCCAGUGAAAUGAUCUUGGUGACUCCCAAAGCCAGAGUAACCACGAGGGACCACAGAGGAACAGCUCCUGCUCCUCCCAUCCUGUCGAUAAAAGAAGAAGAUGGAUUUAUGGCAGCUGUGGCCCCAGUGGAAGCAAUAACCACCUCCCCAGCCUCAUUCCCAGGAGAUAUUAACUCGAUGCAAGUCAAAAUUGUCCCCACCGAGAAGAUUUCCACAGGCACAUCUGCAAGGACAAAAGAAAAAGAGACAAGUCCUGCAAGGGGUGGCCCAAGCAUAGCUUCCUCUGCAAUAGCUCUGGAACCAGGACUGUCUGACAGGGGACCUAAUGAACCUGCAGGAAAAGUGUGUGAGCGAUUAACCUUUCUGCAAGAGAGGGGAAGUGGAAGAGCGAAGAGGGAGCUGCCCCAGCUUGGAGAAAUGCUGUUCUGCUUAACUGAGCGAUGCCCAGAGGAAUUUGAGUCUUAUGGUUGCUAUUGUGGCCAAGAGGGAAGAGGUCAUCCCACCGAUGCACUGGACAGAUGCUGCUUCUCUCAUCACUGUUGUAUGGAACAAGUUAAGAAACUUGGAUGUCAUGCAGAAAGAAGUUCCAGAUCUGAAGUAUUAUGUAUUGAUCAUAUGCCAAAAUGCAUUGGUUGGAGCAUAUGUGAGAAACUCCUCUGUGCUUGCGACACGGCGGCGGCCGAGUGCAUGGCCUCUGCCUUCUUCAACGAGAGCCUGAAGCUUCCACACGGGCGGGAGUGCCGGGAGGAGAAAGCCUUCUGUCAAAGUGACCCUUAUGAAAGGCCCCCAGUAGGCACAGAGACAGGCACAGGUGCUUCCAGCUCUGAGGAGAGCAGUGAAGAGGAGGGUCCACUGCGGAAACAAUUAAGAAGAGCAAAGAGAGGGACACGCCGUUCCGUUGGGAACUCCAGAACUGUGGGACGUGGAGGCAGAUAACCAGCCACCUUCAUGGGCUUGGGAAGCAGCACGGAGCCUUUUGCAGUCAGCCACCUUACUCCUCCUUACCCUCUACAGGCUGCCUUACACAGCACACAGAUGAUGUAAUCAUAGACUAGGAAUUAGAGUUAGGCUGUAUUAACUCAUUACUGUAGGGAGGUCAGCACUACAGACCAUCUAUCUAGGUCAGAUACAACACUAAAUAAUUAUUUGACAGUGUUCUGUAUAAUUUCACUUGAUUUUUAUGUAAAACCUGUUCUGAUCACAGACUGAUUUUUGUUAACUCUGUGCUUGGUUCAGACUGAAUCUCGCUGAUGGUGGCUAAGUAUUUCAGGUUUUUAAUUAAACCAAUCUGCAACUACUGCAACUCCUUUUGCAGACAUUCUUCCUUUACUGAGCUUAGCAGGAAACACCCAGAAGGAAAGCUAAAGUAAUUACAUGAAGAUGAGCUCCU